GACUGCGGACAUUGUACAGGAGAUGGUCAGAGACUGCGGACACAGUACAGGAGAUGACCAGAGACUGCAGACACAGUACAGGAGAUCAGAGACUGCGGACAUAGUACAGAGACUGCCAGAGACUGCGGACACAGUACAGGAGAUGACCAGAGACUGCGGACACAGUACAGGAGAUGACCAGAGACUGGACACAGUACAGGAGAUGGUCAGAGACUGCAGACAGUACAGUGACAGGGACACAGUACAGGAGAUGACCAGAGACUGCGGACAUAGUACAGGAGAUGACAGAGAGACUGCGGACACAGUACAGGAGAUGACUGCAGACAUUGUACAGGAGACGGAGACUGCGGACAGUACAGGGAUGACCAGAGACUGCGGACACAGUACAGGAGACGGUCAGACACUGGGGUCCUCGUUCAGCAAGGCUGGAGUGUGGGAGGAAGAAGCGGCAGAAGCC